UUGACGCCGGUCUCGGUGAUACCAGGCACCGAUUCCUCUGGAACUACCGGCCCGAUUCGGCAUUUUGCAGCCGGUGAACCACCUAAAAUGAGAGAUAAGAGGAUUUAACGGAGACUAACGAACACGCGGGGCUUGGAAAAGUCUUCGCCAUGCUCACUCGACCACUGACACUAAACGACAGUGAUGACAAGGGGCGGGGCCUGGUAGCAGUGACUCCGCCUCCUGUUCUCCCAUUGGCUGAACAGGAUGGUAAAGACGGUGAUGAUGAAACAGGAGCUCUCUCUUCUCCUGUGCCUCCUUGGAGCUCCUCCUCCUCCUCAACUUCACCUUCCUCUCCUCCUCCUCCUCCCUGUGCUUCUUCCUCCUCUACUCCUUCUCUAACUCCUCCUCCCCCCUCCUUCUUUUCCUCUCCUUUCACUCCACCACCUCCUCCUCUCAAUUCUACAUCUUUCACCAUUCCUCUUCCUGUGUCCUUCCUGUCUCCUCCUCCUCCUCCUCCUCCUCCGGUUGCUCCUUCUCCUCUUUCCUCUGCUCCCUCCACUUGCCCUUCUCCUCUUCCUCCCGUCUUUGUGACUCCUUGUACUCCUACCUUUUCCCGCUUUUCUCCUCUUUCAUCCUCUUCUCUCAUCACUCCAUCCCUUUUCCCCUUACCUGCUGCUCCUCCUUGUGUCUCUUCUAGUCCUUUUAUUUCACCUUCUCCUCCUCCUUUAGCUCCCAGUCCCCACUGUCCUCCUCCUCCUUUCCCUUCUUCUUCGUCCACCACUCCUCCUAUCUCCAUUAUUCCUGCUCCUUCUUCUGUUUGUUCUUCCUCUUCUUCCCAUUUGUCACCUCUUAAUUCAUCUUCUUCUUCGUUUCCUCGAUCCCUCUAUCCUUCACCUUCUUCUGUCCAUACUCCACCUCCUGCGUCUCCUUUUGUCUCUUCUUCACAUAUACCUCCUCCUUCUCCCCAUGAUUCUCACCCUUUUUCUCAUGCUCCUACUCCUCUUUAUCACCACUCCUCUCUCAUUACUCCACCUCCCCCCUCUCCUGUCUUUUAUGCUCCUUGUACUCCUCAUACUUCUGCUAUUUGUUCUCCUCUUUCUUCUUCCUCUCCUACUGUCCCUAAAUCCCUCCCAUCUCCACCUCCUCCUUCUACAGUUCAUUCUCUUAUUCCUCCUACUCCUCCUCCCUGCUGCCCCUGCUCCUCCCUCCUGCCUCGCCUCCUCUCAGCUCACCGGUUGGAGGUGCGGCGCCUUCUGCGAGGGGCUCUGUCCUCCCUUGGUCGUCGUCUGGACUCUCUGGAGAGGAGGAGCAGGAGGAGAAUAAGGAAGAAUAGGAGCAGACAGAGAGGGGGAGGAGGAGAAGAAGGAGGAGCAGCCUGCUCUCCUGGUUCAUCUUUCUUCCCCUUCAGCUCCGCCUCCUCGUCUAGCCCCGCCCGCCUCCCAGCUGUUACCACCUCCUCUUCGUCAUCAUCCUCAUCAUCAGACAGCGAGGACUCACCCACGCCUCCUCUUUCAUCGAGUUCGAGCCAGUCAGAACAGAGGAGGAGUAAGAGCAAAAGAGAGGGGGAGGGUAGAGGGAGGAAGAGGAGGAGGAAGAACCACAGAGGAACAGAGAUGAGUGUUUUUCAAGAAAACAGAGAAGAAGAAGAAGAAGAGGAGGGGAAAGAGGAGGAGGAAGAGAAUGCUGGGAGAUUUGUGGGGCGGAUGGCAGUGUCCUUCAGAGGAGGACCCGAAGAGAAGGCGCUGCUCACUCUGCACAACUUCAACCAUAGAAAACACAGAGGAAGAGAGGGGGGAGGAACGAGCCAAUCAGAGAAGGUUGUCAGUGUCGUCAUGCGGAACGGUUUCAGAGCGCCGCUGCUGCUGCACAACGUCUCCUCCUCCUCCUCCUCCGAGAACGACUUACUGCUGCGGUCGGCUCAGAGCGGUCAGACCUGCAGCCAAUCAGAACCACUCAGCCUUUUUUCCGGCCAAUGGCAUUUCUCUGACUUCACCCCUCCCCUCACCGUCUCCCCUAAUCGCAGCGCUUUCCACCUGUGGCUCCGCUCCUCUUCCUCCUUAACCCCCGCCCCCAUUCUGCGGCUUUCUCCCGUUGCCAUGGAGACGAUAUUGGAGUCAGUGAGGGGCGGGGCUUGUGGGAGUCCCUUGCGGCCUCUGAAGGACUGGACCGCCCCGCCCAGUCUCAGCAGUGACCACUGUUACAUGCGAACACCUUCACCAAGCCCACCUUUUUUCGCCCGGCGACAGCAGAGGCAGCGGACCAAUCACAACUCCCGAAGUCUCCACCUACCCAGGCAACGGCCCCUGCCCCUCCCCCUGUGUUCAACCAAUAGACAGUCUGUGCCGCUUCCCACCGGCCAAUCAGCAGCAGGCACAGAAUUUCUCACCACAAAUGGAGAGUGUCGUAAACGAGUCUCACAGAUACGAAUCCGCCGGGCGUCGCCGCGGGAGACACUGCUCACGCCAAUGGGACUGCCAAAGGUCAAAAGAUUAAAGAAGAAAGAGUUCAGUCUGGAGGAGAUUUACACUAACAAGAACUACAAAUCCCCCACCACCAACAGGAGUCUGGAGACAAUCUUUGAGGAGCCGCGGGAGAAGGACGGAGCACUGCUCCUGAUUGGCCAGCAAAGGAGGCGUAGGCUUCUCCUUUUCCCUGACUUCACUCAGCCCAGGAAGAGGAAGAGGCCUCAAGGGGCGGGACUUCCUGUUGCCCCGGUACCCAGGAAACGGACAGUGGCUCGGCGUCAUUGCCAUGGCAACAGCACAGGCGAUGAUGAGUCGGACCUGGACGUGAUGCUGGUGGAGCGACUGAGCGCGCUCGAAGACUUCCUGACACGGCAGGGUCUGGAUGUGUGAGCUGUGACAUCACACAACUGACUGAAGGCCAAAUAAACAGAGCUGCUAGCAUGCCUGCUGCUGCUGCGUUACCACGGUAACACCAUCAGCAAGUUGAUUCGAUGUAGCAGGUUUUUUACUUUUUGGAAUCUUUUUGCAGAGUACUUGAUGUUUUGUUUUUUUUAUUUUUACGAUGUAGGCUGUUUAAAAUGUGAAUUUUCUGAAAUAUUUAAUAUUUUUAACGGUUCUUUUUUUUAAGAGUGUGGAUGAUGUUUGCUGGAGAACAGGUGACCAGUCAGGAGGCCACACCCACAGUAGGGCACAGGUGGCUUUAUUUUUAUUUGAUGUUUUUUUGUUUCAUAAAAUAUAUAAAGACUUCACUGUAGUACUCUGUAGUACUCUAGCAGUGUAGUACAGCUGCUGUACUGUGUGAGUACUGCAGAUCCGAUAGCAGGUGAAGUAUUUGGAGUUUUUAAAGUGUAAUAUAUAUUUCUGCUGAAAAUUUGUAUAUUUUUGGAACAAAUAAAGUUUGUUUCUGCUCUCUGAA